CAAUGGUGGGAGAGGAUGAAAAUGAUGUAGAGUACUCAAUAUCACCUAUUGGCCAAUCAACACAGCUUUCCACAUCAUUUAUGAUAGAGUCCCAUCAAAAGAAACGGAGGAAAGAUCCAUUGGUUACUAUUGUUGGUGACAUUGCUUCAUCACUCAAGGAGUACAUAAACUUGAAAAAGAAACCAAGUGGUCAAGAGAUAUAUGAAGUGGUAUCAAUAGUUUUGGGUCUUUCUCAACAAGAAAUAUUCAAGGCAAUCCAAUUGUUAUUAAAUGGUGAUUUUGAGCAAUUUUAUUUGCUAAAAUCACUUCCUGAUGACAAGAAAUAUGAUUGGUUGGCUUUCCUUUUAAGUUCAGGUUUCAGAUCUCUUACUUUACCUUUCGUAAAGGUUUUUGCCACUUUAUCUAGCUUCUCUAGUGGAGCAAUUUCAGUGCCAGUUGAAGCUGGUUUUCUACUGCUCUCAGCCAUAUCUACUUCCCUUGGAAUCUGCUCGUCAGACACUUCAUUAGCUGUUUUCUUUGUGUUGCUCUGCUCUUGUGAUAGUGCUACACCUGAUUCUUGAUAUAAGACAGAACCAUGGGCUGCUUAGCUUGAUUUUUUUACAAGUUAUCUUCUUUAUUAACUGUUGUAGAUCAUCGAAGAAGGAAGGAGGAUUGAGUGCAAUCUAACCUCUUCCCUAAUAGUUUUGGUUUCUGUCACGGCAACUGUAGAAGUGUUGUUUGUGUCCUUGAGACUUCUGUCUUCAGUUAGGAUUUUCUCAACAUUACUGCUUCCAUCGACCUUUUGGCGUUUCCACUAACUUCUG